UCGCGUAUUUACAAUUUUUACUCGCCCGCGAGAGAGUGGUGAUCGCCCCAAAAAUGGUGUCCGUUUUAAAUACCGUUGAUACCGGUCACGAGGAUAUGAUUCACGACGCGGAAAUGGAUUAUUACGGUCUGAAAUUGGCUACCUGUUCGAGUGACAACACGGUAAAAAUAUUUGAUUUAAAAAAUGGCACUCAAAGCCUGGUCGCCGUUCUCAAAGGACACGUCGGUCCUGUGUGGCAAGUCGCAUGGGCACAUCCGAAAUUUGGCAAUCUUCUAGCAUCUUGCAGCUACGACAGAAAAGUAAUUAUCUGGAAAGAACUGUCUGGAGAAUGGACAAAAAUAUACGAGUACACAGGCCACGACUCGUCUGUUAACUCUGUUGAAUGGGCACCUCACGAGUUUGGUCCGCUUCUGGCCUGCGGAAGUUCAGACGGCUCGAUUUCUAUUCUCACAAACACGGGAGACACUUGGCACAUGCAAAAGAUUCCCAAUGCCCAUACAAUUGGAUGCAACGCGAUCAGUUGGUGUCCAGCAAUUGACACAGGAGUGGACGCUUCAACAAAUCAACAAAAAGGCAGCCCUGUUAAGAGAUUGGCCACAGGUGGUUGUGACAAUUUGGUGAAGAUCUGGAAAGAAGAAGGUGACAGAUGGAUAGAAGAGAACAAAUUGGAAACGCACAGUGAUUGGGUCCGAGAUGUAGCCUGGGCACCAGCAAUUGGUCCGUCCAGAGCCACUUUGGCAUCUUGCUCACAAGAUCGUCGAGUGGUUGUGUGGACAUCCAACGAUUACGCUACUUGGACAUCGAUCGUUCUUAAUGUUUUCGAUGAUGUAAUUUGGAACGUUAGCUGGUCAUUGACAGGCGGGAUUUUGGCGGUCAGUGGUGGAGAUAACAAAGUUUCUCUCUGGCGUGAAAAUUCGGAGGGACAGUGGGCGUGUAUUUCCGAAUUAAACAGGGAUCAAGGAAAUCUUAAUAAUCCAGAUCAACGGGUACUAUAAUACGAAUGUGUAACAUAAAUAUUUUAUACAAAAGUAUUGUAAAAAUUAUUAACAUAAUUUGUUGGAUAUUAAAAAAAAAACUUUUUUCUUUUAACUGAGAGAGAAUUACUGAACUAUUUGCUGUAUUAAUUGUUUUUGUUAUAUAUAUGUAAAACCAAAAAGUUGUCUAAAACUCUGUAAAAUUUUUGCUCUAUUAUUUCAACAUCCCAAAAUAUU